CCCAUUUCUAUAGAAAGGUGUAUUUCUAGUGUCAGGUAACUGAUUCUGUAAGUGAACUUUCAGAACAAAACAGGUUAGUCACGGUAGCUGUUAUUUUUAGAAUUUUGCAUUUGGAAGUGCGCUCUGUGUAUAUCAGACUCAGAAGAUGGGUGAAGUCUACUCUAAGCUUGGGGAGGGGGGUGGGGUGCUCUUGUAGCUGAGAAAGCCUCUGAUUUUAGCCCACUUUCUUCUGCUUUAGCCCUAUCUUGGUCAAGGGAGGAGACUGGAGAAUGUGAGGUGAGUUCUAUAUAGCUUCUCUGUAGCCAGCCCAACACAGAGUGCCAUUUCAGAUCAUCCAGAGAGUCAGCACUGGCUCCUGUUUGGCUGAGCAUAGCAGAAGGAAAUACCCUGAUGUCAGUGAAGUAAAAAGAUGGUGAAAACAGGAGAUGAAAGCAGCCUGAUUAUCCGAAUCAUCAAUGGAGAGGACUUCAAACUCAACUAAUUAAUGUGUUAGACUGUGAUUCAAGACAGAAUUAAAACUGUUGUUUGAAUGCACUGACGUUUACAGAUUCCAUCGCAUCUCAUGGGGAGAAGCCCAAAUCACUUAUUUUCCUGAAGGAAUCAUGUCACUCCUUGCUCAGCUUUGCUUGUGGGUCCAGGUCCUGCAGUUCUUGGGAGGACUACGAUGCGGAUGCAUGGGAGAAGCUGGGGCCUUCACCUCGCUUGUUUCUUCCUGGAAGACCCUUCAUUAGACGCAGGAAAGGACCCUCUGCCUCCUGUGGUGGUCAGCUCCAAGGCUCUGGCCCCUUUCUAGGUGGAAAUGGACAAAAGGAGCACUGGGGGCCCCAGACACAUGCUGUCUGUGGUCUAGAGUGGGAAGCCCUUGCUCGGGGGGUCCGGGGGGUCCUGCGAUGCCCCGCAGCCUGGACACAUGGCCUGCACCCCAGUGACCAUGGUCCGCCGCGGGCUGCUGGGCUGGAUCUCUCGGAUGGCGGUUCUCCUGGUGCUGGUCUGCUGCGCUGUUUCCGUCCUCUACAUGUUGGCCUGCACCCCUAAAGGUGACGAGGAGCAGGCCUUGGGGCUACCCCGUGCCAAUGGUCCCACGGGGAAAGAAGGCUACCAGGCCGUGCUGCAGGAGCGCGAGGAGCAGCACCGCAACUAUGUCAGCAGCCUCAAGAGGCAGAUCGCCCAGCUCAAGGAUGAGCUGCAGGCCCGCAGCGAGCAGCUCCGGACCGGGCAGGAGCAGGCCAGCGAGGCCGCAGGGCUGCACCCCGGCCCAGGCCCUGCACCCCAAGCCCAGGCCGACCUGCUGGCCUUCCUGCGUGCACAGGUGAGCAAAGCCGAGGUGCAGAGCGGCGUGAAGCUGGCCACGGAGUACGCGGCGGUGCCCUUCGAGAGCUUCACCCUGCAGAAGGUGUACCAGCUGGAGACCGGCCUGACCCGCCACCCCGAGGAGAAGCCCGUGAGGAAGGACAAGCGCGACGAGCUGGUGGAAGCCAUCGAGUCGGCCCUGGAGAGCCUCAACAGCCCUGGGGAGAGCGCCCCAAACCAGCGGCCUUACACCGCCUCGGACUUCAUAGAAGGCAUCUACCGAACAGAAAGAGACAAAGGGACUUUGUACGAGCUCACCUUCAAAGGGGACCAUAAACACGAAUUUAAACGACUCGUCUUGUUUCGGCCCUUUGGACCUAUCAUGAAAGUGAAGAAAGAAAAACUCAACAUGGCCAGCACACUUAUCAACAUUAUUGUACCGCUGGCCAAGAGGGUGGACAAGUUUCGGCAGUUCAUGCAGAACUUCAGGGAGAUGUGCAUCCAGCAAGAUGGGAGGAUUCAUCUCACAGUUGUUUACUUUGGGAAAGAAGAAAUGAAUGAAGUAAAGGGAAUCCUGGAGAACACAUCCAAAGCCGCCAACUUCCGCAACUUCACCUUCAUCCAGCUCAAUGGAGAAUUCUCCCGGGGGAAGGGCCUGGAUGUCGGAGCCCGCUUCUGGAAAGGGAGCAACGUCCUUCUGUUUUUCUGUGACGUGGACAUCUACUUCACCUCCGAGUUCCUCAACACGUGCAGGCUGAACACACAGCCAGGGAAGAAGGUGUUUUACCCAGUGCUUUUCAGUCAGUACAACCCUGGCAUCAUCUACGGCCAUCACGACGCGGUGCCCCCCCUUGAGCAGCAGCUGGUCAUAAAGAAGGAAACUGGAUUUUGGAGGGACUUCGGAUUCGGGAUGACUUGUCAGUACCGGUCAGACUUCAUCAACAUAGGUGGGUUCGACUUGGAUAUCAAGGGCUGGGGCGGAGAGGACGUGCAUCUCUACCGCAAGUACCUCCACAGCAACCUCAUCGUGGUGCGCACGCCCGUGCGGGGACUCUUCCACCUGUGGCACGAGAAGCGCUGCAUGGACGAGCUGACCCCUGAGCAGUACAAGAUGUGCAUGCAGUCCAAGGCCAUGAACGAGGCUUCCCACGGGCAGCUGGGGAUGCUCGUCUUCCGGCACGAGAUAGAGGCUCACCUGCGCAAACAGAAGCAGAAGACGAGCAGCAAGAAAACAUGAACCCCCAACCCUAAGGGUGGAUUUGGGGGAGACAUUGAAAUUUUUUUUUGUUACUGAAAAACAAAUAUCUGCAACAAGGAAUAAACUUCCAUAAAGGGAUGAAGAGGAAAAAAAUAAAGAAUCUGACUGAUGAAUAAAAGAGCUGAAAGGAGAGAGCCUCUGAUUUCUCUGCAACAAGAAUUAAAAUCUCCACUUUGCUUGUGAACAUUGUCCCAAUGAGCCCCAAGAAGUCUCCCAAAGUCAGGAAGAUUGGGAGAUGAUAAGAUGCCCAAUUGUAUAGACAUUUUGGUUGUGUUUACUGUUGUGCCAUUUUUCUCCCAAGAGUAACCAAAAAUAACCCUAUCCUUUUGGUUGUCUUUUUAACCCUCUCCAUUUGUUUAUUUUAUUUUUUAAAUGUACUUUUUGUGGCUUUUGAGUUAUAUUCUGCUUAAUUACCCAUUUGCUCCCCUUACUAAAAAAGCACAAGAUGGCAUAAAUGUUUUGUAUGUGGUUGUUGUUUGUUGUUGUUGUUGUUUUAAAGAAGAUUUUUUUAAUGCAUUAUGAGAACGUUCCGUUUGGGGCAUCCAAAUGAUAGCAGGUCCAAGGACCUGCCCAAUUCUCGCCCGUUAGGCAGUGAAUGUCUGGCCUGGAGGCAUGGAGAAGCUUCUGUGGGACGACUGUGAGACAGACACAUGCUUUAUCUGAAAAGUGUGUCUGAAGAGAAGCAACCUAACACUGGAGGAAAGGGGAAAGACACUUCCACGGGGCCUCUUCACAUAGUUGAAGGUCACACAGUGAGCCCAUUCUUAUCUCCGAAGAAUUAAGGACCGCACUGUCUUCUCUGUUUAAACCAAAGUUAUGAAGUUAUGAAUCUCUUUUCAAAGCAGGGUGCUCUUUGGGAUUCUGGCUUCCAUGAGAAGAAAUGCAGAAGAAUAUAUUUUGAGAAAGAGCCAUCUAUCUAUCUGCUCUGAGUCUGGGGAGAUGAUGGUUUUACUACAUGUUGACUUCAUCCUAGACAGGUGGAAGUAACUCCGUUAUAUUUUUUACCAUUAAACAGUUUUGUUCAAUCACCAAGAUGCUUCUGACAAUUACAUUUUAUUACCAUUUCAAACUGUUUUUUUAAAUAAAUAUGGUUAACACUGAAUGGUUUCUACAUCCACAUGAGAAUUAUUUAUUUAUUAUCAGCACCAGAUGCAUGAGCUAAUUAUCCCUCUGAUUCCUUGCCUUCUGUUUGCCGACAGAAAACUCAUUGUUUAAGCGCUUCAAGAACAUUCAAGCUGUUGGUGUGUACAAAAAGAAGCAUUGUAUUGAUUUGUCCUGAUAGUUCAUAAAAUUUAAUUAAAACACAAGACGUGAAUGGAAGGUGGCAUUUGUGCAGCUAAUAAAAUAUGAUUUGUGGAUUUGA